UCAUGCAGUGCACAAUGAGCAUAGCAAGACAACCAAAUUGCGGGUUGUGUUCAAUGGGAGUCUGAAAUCACAAUGUAAAAUAUCACUUAAUAAUGUCAUGUUAAAUGGACCAAUAGUUCAAAUUGCAAACAGUUACCUAUGGUUUGAAAUCAUCUACAUACUUAGCUACAAGGUGUUUGUUGGAGCUUGCUUAUAUCUAUAAAGACAGGUUUCCACUAGCUGCAGAUGCUAUAAUUAGAAAUACUUAUGUAGAUGAUAUAAUAUGUGGCGCUGACAACAUAGAUCAGCUUCGGAAUCUGAAACAAGAGCUUAUACAAUUAUUAAGCCUUGGCAGUUUUACACUACAUAAAUGGUGUUCAAAUAAUACACAAAUUUUAGAAGAUAUACCAUCAAAUAGGAGGUAUUUUGAGCAUAUUAAUAUUAAUAAAGACAACAUGAUUAAAACUUUAGGAUUAAAAUAUAAUAUACUUACCGAUUCCUUCGUAUUUUCAUGUCCAGCGCAAGAUUUAAAGUUACUUAAAACUAAAAGGGAAAUUUUAAGUUUUAUAGGUAAAAUAUAUGAUCCUUUGGGACUUAUUGGCCCUAUAAUAGUUACAGCUAAAUUGUUUAUGCAAAGUUUAUGGAGUUUAAAAAUAAAUUGGGAUGAGGCUAUACCCUCAAGCCUGCUAGAUAAGUGGUAUAAAUUUGGUGAAAGUUUAGAGAAGAUGAAUCCCAUCAAUACUCAGCGUGGUAUUGUUUUUGGUGAUACUAAUAAUGUAGAGCUGCUCGGUUACUGUGAUGCUUCAUUUGAUGCAAUAGCAUGCUGUCUCUAUUUAAGAGUUUUUCAUAGAGAUGGUAGAGUUAGUGUAGCCUUACUGUGUUCUAAGUCUCGAGUAGCACCUUUAAAGAAAACACUCACAAUUCCAAAUUUAGAACUAAAUAGUGCUCUUCUUCUCUCUCAAUUAACACACAAAGUAAAUAAUACACUUAAGGCGCGUUUUCCUUUAAGAACGAUUUUGCAUUCAGAUUCACAGAUAGUUUUAGCUUGGUUAGGUAACAAGAACAUAAAGAAAAAUACUUAUGUUUCAAGAAGAGUAAGAGAAAUUACAGAUUUAACUAAAGAUUUUACCUGGACCUAUGUCAAAGGUAAAGACAACCCUGCAGAUUUGUUGUCGCGGGGAACUGCUCCACAUAAAUUGGAGGAGAGCUACAUGUGGUUUCAUGGACCACAGUACUUGUCUGAUAAAUACUAUGAACAUAUUAUGUAUGAUUAUAAAUCUUGUGUAGUGACGGAUAGUAUGCCGUGUGAUACCCUUAUAAAUAGUGAUAAAUCAGUUAAAAAAUUUUGUAAUGUAGGACAGUUCGAUUUAAGUGAGGAUAUAUUCUAUAGAUAUUCAAAUUUUUAUAACUUACCUCUUUGUAAAUCUUGA